GUGAAAGGAUGACCAAAUAAAACUUGUUAUCAAUUGAAUAUCAUAUGAAUUAGAUAAUGAUAGAACGAAUUGACGAGAAGUGGUUACCAAGCAAGGCAGUACGCAUCAUUCUUGUCACAAAUGGGAUGUACAACGAAGAGAACAAGCGACAUGAUAGCCAUAUGCAUAUGACGAGAUUGUGGUUCCGACGUUUAACAACGCGUCCUUUGAAGCAGGCAAUGUUGAUGCCAGAAAAGAAUUUGGGGUCUGAGUCCCUAUUCAAGUAAUCGCCACGUACGUUCAGCAGUAUGUCAUGUUCAACAGUUCCUCGAUUCAGAGUCAAAGCUGCCAUGCAGACAGGAACUUCGUCAAAUUUUCACAUGCGAUCGCUUUAACUUGACCAUAUACGGCAAGCGGAACGAGGAAGAUGCAAGGUCAUCACGAAUUACCAAUCGACAGGAUUCCAGGAGCCGUACCGUACCGACAAAGAACACUCGUUUUUUUUUUUUGGAAGAAAAAAAAAUCUGCCAUUCUGGUAUAUAAAGGUCAAGGUCUCUCAUGCAAAGUAUUUUCAUUAUCAUCAACACACACAUCAAUCCAAACCAUGAAGUUCAACCUCGCUCUCGUCUCUGUUCUCAUCGCCUCUGCCAUGGCUGCUCCUAUGCCUGACGCAACCGAAGCUCCCACUGCUACCAAUGGCCCUGUCAUCGUUAACGGCUUUGCCAUGCCUUCAGCUUCAGCAACUGAUUUUGCUCCCGCUCCCAAUGUUACCGCCAUUGGUAGCAUCACUAUCGUUGGCACUCCUACCCACUCUGCUGGGUUCCACCUCGCUCCAAGCUCCAAGAACUAUCUUACUGCUGCUACCAUUGGGUUGCUCAUUCCUGCCUCAGCCUCCCUCUUCUUAUAAGCAUAAGAGAAUGGCACACCAUUUUGUUAUUCCAACCCACUUAGACUACAUAUUACUAUCCUUUAUUGACCUAUUCCCACAUAACUAACUAGCUACCUUACCUAUGCGACCCCAUAUUUUUUGAAUGUUUUACCAUCUCCUCUCAAUGUAUAAAUUGUUUUUUCUUUCAAUUGCUUGAAAUACAAUCUCUAAAUCUCACUUAUGACAAAA